AUGGGACAACUCAAACUCGAAGAUACUAGGAAAGAAUUCGAACAAGCCAAUCGCCAGAACAAUAUCAAAAUCCACCAAAACGGCGUAGUAGACUUCGAACAAUAUGACAAAGAGCAAGUGCGCUUAAUGGAAGAAAUGUGUAUUCUCGUUGAUGAGAAUGACAAGAAAAUUGGCGCCGGAACAAAAAAAAUGUGUCACCUAAUGGAGAAUAUUAACAAGGGAUUACUACACCGAGCAUUCUCUGUAUUCCUUUUUAAUUCUGAGAACAAACUCUUGUUGCAGCAACGUGCUACUGAGAAAAUAACAUUUCCCGACUUAUGGACAAACUCUUGUUGUUCUCAUCCUUUGAAUACUGCACUUGAACUCGAAGAAGAGAAUCAAAUAGGUGUGCGUAGAGCUGCUCAACGCAAAUUAGAGCAUGAAUUAGGAAUAAAGCCAUCACAAGUACCACUUGAUGAGUUUAAAUUCCUAACAAGGAUUCACUAUCUGGCGCCUUCUGAUGGUGUUUGGGGAGAACAUGAAGUCGAUUACGUUUUAAUUAUCCGUGCAAACGUCGACUUGAACAUCAACUUAAAUGAAGUUAAAGCCGUUGAAUGGCUAUCAAUUGAUGAGCUUCGGCGUCGAUUUGAAAAUCCGGGAGAUUGGAAAUUCACACCCUGGUUUAAACUCAUUUCAGAAAACUUUUUGUACAAGUGGUGGGAAAACCUUGAUAAUCUAGAUCUGAAAAGUGAUUCACGAAAAAUAUAUAAACUAGGGUUCUAG